AACUGGACUAUAACGGCAUAAACUACCUUCCCAAACAAGAAUCCGUCCACCACAAUAAAAUCUAUAAUCGUAUCAGUUCUCUUUGGAUUCACCUUCUUCUUUUUCUUUCAAGACGUUAGUUUGGAGUACAGGAACCGUCCCCUGUUUUAAAGUUCCCAAUUUUUUUUCCUUCCUUUCGACCCCUCUGCGUUUGAUCAAAACAAAUCUUCAGCGGUAAACUUAUAAAUCGCCAAACCAACAACUCAAAUUCAACAAGGAAUUACAUCAAGUCGUGUUCUUUGAAGAUUGUUCCUUUUUACACCAUGAAUCCAUAUUUUCCGGUAAAGGAAGAGUAUCCGAGUUCAAGUUAUUCACAGUCCGACGAUGAUGCGCCACGGAUGAUGGAGCCGCCGCAACCGGUAGAGGGUCUCCACGAUUCAGGGCCGCCGCCAUUCCUUACCAAGACCUUCGACAUGGUGGAUGAUCCUAGUACUAACUACAUAGUUUCUUGGAGCAGCGGAGGCAGCAGCUUUAUUGUAUGGGAUCCUCACUCUUUCUCCACUAAUCUCCUCCCUAGAUAUUUCAAGCACAAUAAUUUCUCUAGUUUUGUUAGGCAGCUCAAUACUUAUGGUUUUAGAAAGAUUGAUUCAGACAGAUGGGAGUUUGCCAAUGAAGGUUUUGUCAGAGGCCAAAGGGAUCUUCUAAAGAGUAUUAGGAGAAGGAAGACCACAACAUCUCAGCUCCCAACAUCUCAACAAGCUCUUGGUCCUUGUGUUGAAGUUGGCAGGUUUGGACUAGAUGGAGAAGUUGAUCGUUUGAGGAGUGACAAUCAGGUCUUAAUGAUGGAAUUAGUGACGCUAAGACAGCAGCAACUGAGCACUCGAGCUUAUAUUCAGGCCAUCGAAGAAAGGCUGCAAUGCACAGAAAAGAAGCAGCAGCAAAUGAUGUCUUUCUUGGCAAGAGCAAUGCAGAAUCCGUCAUUUCUGCAGCAGUUAAUGCAACAAAAGGAGAGAACAAAGGACCUUGAAGAAGCCAUGUCUAGGAAAAGGAUGCGGCCAAUCGAUCAACGACCUCUUGCUGUAGACGUAGGUGAAUCAAGCCGAGGUAGCGAUGGGACGAAUCCUGUUAAAAUUAAAACUUUAGAAUUUGGUGAUUAUGGAUACCAAGUAACAGAAUUGGAAGCACUUGCACUGGAAAUGCAAGGGUAUGGUAGGACAAGAAGGGGGCAAGAGGAAUCCCAAAAUGGGCAUGACCAUCGAGAGAGCCAUGACAAAGAACUUGAUGAAGGAUUUUGGGAAGAAUUAUUGAAUGAGAAAUUUUUAGAGUUAGAUAUACCAGGAACUGAACUUGCUAGAGAUUAAGAUGUGGAUGUGAAUGUGUUGGCUGACCGGUUGGGCUAUUUGGGUUCAAGUCCAAAGUACAGAAUUCCAUAGAAUAGCUACUUAUAAGCACUAGAAUGGCAUUCCCUCGGUGACAGAUUCUCUUUGGUGGGAGAUCUUAUCACAUCCAGCAUGUUUCCUUUACUUCAUCCCUAAUAUUUUUCAUCAAACGGGUCUUCAAAAAAGAGAUAUGUCAUCAUCAUCAUCAUCACCAUCAUCAUCAUCAUCAUUGCUUUUAUGCUUUCUUGUUAUUGACAGGAUAGUGGAAAUUGCAUACCAAGAACCGUACCCGUGGAAAAUCUCUCUUGUUACUGGUGUUUCUAACCUCUUUUCUUCAUCUGCCAUUCCAUUUUUUCCCCACUUUUAUAAUAACUUCACUGCUUAUCUUUCUCCAUCUCUGGUUAGGUUUGCAGCUGUAGAUUAUAGGACCUUUGGUGGUCACCGUCAUGACUUGGUUUCAAGAUUGUUCUCCUGAAGCAGUUGAAAAUGGACAAAAUUAGGAGCAAGUUGCAAGAAAACACAGCAAUGAUCACUUGUAGUAAAAGAGAGACAUGGUCGGUGAUAAUGAACAAUCAUGGGGUCUUAACAAUUGUACCAACGAAGAUAUUUUCAUGGCAACGGCUAUUGGAUUCUCAUUGGUCGCUUUCCAAUCUUUUCACCUACUUUCAGAGCUGUCAACUGGUAAUAUCUGCAAAUACCAAACAAAUGAAUUCGUUGCUUGCUUUUGCUCAAUUCUCCUCUAAAAUAGAUAAAAUCCCAGAGUUCCCUGAUAAACUCUUGAGAUUAUUAUUAUUAUUAUUAUUAUUAUUAUUAUUAUGGUGCUGUCUAUAUCCUUAUAAAGAAUAACAUACAUGAUCGUAUGCUCAAAAGUGACUUUCAUGGUUGUCAAA